AUGAUGAUGGCAUCCCAAGCCAUCCGCAACAUCUGGCCCCGGGCAUGGAACCCCCGGCUGCCCCUGUCGCACCCUGACGUGCGCACCUACCGCAUCAAGUUCCUCAAGGCCGCCGCGCUCAACUUUGUGCUCAUCCUGGUCCUCUUCUUCAGCCUGUUCUGCUACCUCUUCGGGUCCAUGUACCAGCAGGAGACCCGCGUCCACAGCCUCACCGUGCUGUGGGUGGACUACGACGGCGGCGGCAUCAUCGGGGACGCCGUGCGGCAGGCGUAUGCCUCUUUGCGGUCGAGCGGCUUCCCGACGCUGGUGGAAAAGAUGGCCGCGGACUACCCUUCCGCGGGAGCCCUUCGAGAAGCCGUCUGCAACACUGACUACUGGGCGGCUCUGUACACGACCCAAGGGGCGUCCGCGGCGCUGGCAGAUGCCGUCUCCGGCGCCAACUCCUCGCCGUACAAUGCGUCCAACGUCCUGUCCUUUAUAUGGAACGAAGCCAGAUAUCCGACCGUCAUGGAUAGCCUCAUCGCCGGCAGCCUCCAGAGGCUCUCCGAGGCCGCCCGCGUGGCAUACUACUCGCUCAACGGCACGGCUGCCCUCGCGAGCAUCCCGUCCGCAUCUGGCGGCGGCAACAAUGCAGCAACAGAAGCAGCCAUGACGGCCUUUACCAGCCCGUGGACGCUCACCUCAUACAACAUCAAGCCCACGACGCAGGGCCCGCGCGCCGUAUACAACACCAUCCUCAUCGUGCUCGUGCUGAUCCAGGACUUUUUCUACCUCGCCAUCAUCAACGGGCUUUACGUGCAGUUCAAGAUCUACACGCGCGUCUCGCCGGGCCGCAUCGUGCUCGUGCGCGACGCCAUCUCCACUGUCUUCACCAUGACGGGGUCUCUGCUCCUGACGUGCGCCGUCUGGGCCUUUCGCGGAAGCUGGGACGUCUCGGGGACGCAGUUUGCGCUCACCUGGCUCGUCGUGUGGCUCUUUGCGCAUGUCAACUUCCUGACGCUCGACGUCUUCACCAUCUGGAUCCCGCCGCAGUACAUCUCCAUGGCGCUCAUCAGCUGGGUCGUGCUCAACGUCACCUCCAUCAUCCUGCCGUUCGACCUCUCGUCGCCCUUUUACCGCUGGGCGUACGCGCUGCCCGCGCACGAGGCCUACGAGGCCCUCACGGACGUGUGGUCCGGCGGCUGCAACCCGCACCUGCACUACGCGCUGCCGAUCCUCUUCGCCUACGAGGUCAGCGGGCUCUUCUGGACGGCCCUCGGCGUGUUCAGGCGGUGCCACUACGCCGCCCUGACGGAGGAGUCGGCGCAGGAGGCUAUGCGCCUGCGCGUCGAGGCGGCGCUGGCGCUGGAGCGCGAGCACGACAGGAGGCGCCGCGUCGACGGCGAGAAGAAGGCUCUUCCCCUACUACGCAAGGAGGGCGGUGACGAAGACGGGGACGAGGACAACGAUGACGAGGCAGGAGAGUCUUCGCAGGCUGGCCGUAUCGUCGGCAAGGCCACCACGGAUGACGCGGACAGGGCCGAGGCCGAGCACGAGAUUGAGGAAAUCGGCGAGGAGAUUGAGCGCAUGGAGACGCGGGCGACGAGAAUGGCAAACUUUGGGCCAACAUUCCGCCUCGUCGGCACAAACGAGGGCUGA